UUAACGGAACGCAUAUGUUCGAUAUCCCUCGAGUAUUCCGAAUAGCUUGUCGGUCUCAAUGAACGCCACUUCAUGCCCACCACUCACAAGUUCUGCCUCAUACGAUAAGAAGCCCAAUCUGUUCGGAAAUCUUACCACUUGGCGAGGAAACUAAAUAUGCCUCGCACUUCUUAUCUAAAGUUGUCUUCUUCAAGUGAGACACCAGUGCGGCUCCAAGAGCCCUGCACGGCGGAGGCUAUGGAACUCAUCAGCUUUGACCGUUUGUUCAUGCGACGCUUUCGCCUCAUUACACGUGUCGCUCUUCCCGACAACACAGUUCUACUUCUACUAUUACUUUUCCUCUCAAUUUUCUACCAGGUCAUCGUCUACCAGGUCGGGCUCAUGACCAGUAGAUACUACGUUGUCCUCGGCAACCAUGACUGGUACGGUUUCCUUUACCACACUGGACUCUGCAGCGUACUCAUCCUUCUGAUAGCGUCUGUGAAAAGCACGAAGAACUAUGUUGCCAGCACGCUGACCAUUCAGUGGCGGCAGUCGCUAACGCAGCGUCUUCAAGAACUGUACUUCACGAAGAAGGUUCACUACAAGAUCAACGUUCUGGAAGGCACUGUUGACAAUCCAGACCAGCGUAUCGCUCAAGAUGUCGACAGACUUUGCCAGAAGCUAACAGACAUUAUUCCAACGGUGAUUGUGUCACCGUUUACGAUUGCAUACUAUUCUUACCAGUCAUUUCUGGUCACCGGACCCGCGGGACCCCUCUCUGUCGUCUGCUAUUUCAUCGUGAGCACGGUCAUCAACAAGGUCCUCAUCGCGCCAGUGGUCCCACGAGUUUAUGAGCAAGAAAAGCAAGAAGGACGGUUUAGAUACAAACACGCCCAGAUUAGGUCAAACUCAGAGUCGAUCGCGUUCUUGGACGGUGAAGACGCGGAACUUGAAUGUACGACAUCUCACCUGGGGCAGGUGAUGAAAGCGCAACAGAAUGUAAUCAACAAGCAGUUUCCGCUCAACCUAGCGGUGUCUAUGUCAGACUAUAUGGGCAGCGUGUUGAGUUUCCUGGUUUUGGCGGUGCCCGUGUUCAGUGGCAGAUACGGUGGAGUAUCAUCUGCGGAGUUAAGCGGCAUCAUUAGCAAGAAUACUUUCGUGUCCAUGUACCUGAUUAGCUGUUUCAGCAGCCUUCUCGACUUAUCGAACGGGAUUUCGGCUGUAGCAGGGAAUACGCAUAGGAUAUGUGUGUUAAUGGAAAGGAUGGAGGCGAUUGUCGAAGAAGAUGAGUGCUGUGACCGGGAUUCGGAACGUGCUGGUCAUGACGGACCAUAUUUCCAACUGGAUGACGUUUCGUGUGGCACUCCGCGCGACAGCUGCGCCUUUGUGGAAGGUCUCACCCUGACACUGAAGCCCGGACGGAACGUUUUCAUCACCGGUUCGAGCAAUAGCGGGAAGACUUCACUGUUGAGAGUCCUCAAAGGAUUGUGGCAGCCAUCCUGCGGAAGAGUGACUCGUGUUCCCAAAGGAUCAUUGUUCCUUCCUCAGGUGCCCUGGUUCGGAAGCGGUUCCUUGCGAUCGCAGCUGCUGUAUCCGAAUCAUGCUGCAGAUAAAGACGAUCGCAGUGACGGAGACAUAGAGCACCUGUUCCGAUUGGCAGAAUUAGAACACCUAAUCAAGCGGUCGGGCGGAUUGCACACGGUCCUCCAACCGUCCUGGUACGAAAACCUGUCUCCGGGCGAAAAACAGCGUCUGUGUUUCCUCCGCUUGCUGCACCAGCGACCCCAUUUAGCCUUUCUGGACGAAGCAACCAGCGCAUUGGACGCCACCUUGCAGACCAAGCUUUACAACGAAUGCAAACGAGUUGGCAUAACGACGGUUACGAUUGGUCACCAUUCGUGCCUCAGGCCUCAUCAUGACGGUAUCCUUGAGCUGCUCGGGGAUGGAAGGUGGACGUACAGCGAAGAGACGUUGAUAGGCCAGUGAGGACCGUAAAACAAAGAAGAAAGUGUCUUAAAAUGAGAACUGUCGCAAGCGUCGUCGUUCAUCGCUGUAUUGUUGUUUGUUUUGCACACUUUUCAAGACUUAAAACUGGCUGACCCUUGU